ACGUUUGAGCCUUUUCCUCUUCCGUUCAGGAAGUCGUAACGCACAUUGGCAGUUGCUGUGUUGCUGUGGGUCGGCAUCAUGGGGAAGGCGAGGCGUCGGAUCGCUCCGGGUUUGAAGGCCUCGAAGCCUCACGAGGAGGAGAUGCCGGAGCCGGAGCCGGGGGCGCUGAGCCUGACGGAGGAGGCGGACGACUUCCAGGAGAAGCGGCUGGAGGAGGCGGUGCGGGCCGCCCUGGGCAGCGAGGAUGAGGCAGGCGAGGGCGAGGAGGAGGCGGAGGAGGUGCUAGGCCUGGAGCUCUCCGAAGCGGAGGAGGAAGAGGAGGAGGAGGAGGAGGAAAGCGAAGAGGAGUCCCUCGACAUGGAGAGUGACCUGGAAGAGCAGCCGGGCUCCGGCCUCCCGGAUGAGCUCGCCUGGGGCCAGAGGAAGCAGCUCUAUUAUGGCACUGAUUACGGUAAAGCCGGCUCCAAACCCAAAGCCCCCAAGAAGAGCAAAGAAGACGCCGAAGCGGAGGAGCUGGAGGAAGAGGAGGCAGCCCAGGCCAUCCAGAAAAGGCUGGCGGAGAAUCUCGGUGAGGACGACUACGGCCUGGAUUUGGUACGAUCCUAUGCCGAGAAACCCACCGAGAAAGAAUCAGGACAGAAGAUCACCCAAGAUUUACAGUCCCUUUCCAAAAAGGAGCAGCUCAAACUGUUGAAAAAGGAAUCCCCCGAGUUGCUGGAGCUGAUCCAAGACUUCGAGGCCAAGAUGACGGAGCUCCGAGAUGAGCUGGAACCACUUAUGGAGUUAAUCAGAGAUGGAGUCAUCUCAGAAGGAAAAGGCAGCCACUACUUGCAGACCAAGUACCAUCUCUAUUUGAACUACUGCUGCAACAUCAGUUUCUAUUUAGUGCUGAAAGCAAAAAGGAUACCAAUCCACGGCCACCCUGUCAUUGAAAGGCUUGUGACGUAUAGGAACUUGAUAAACGAUUUAGGAACAGUGGAUCGAAAGGUGUCCCCAGAAGUUUGCUUGCUCCUUAAAGAAUUCCAUAAUGACACAGGAAAGAGAAAGAAGUUUGUGGGUGUCAGAAAAUCUGUUGCUAAAAUUAAACCAAAAACUGUUUGUGAGGUUUCGAAUGGUCAUGCUGAUGAAGAACCUGCGGAUGAUUCAGAUUUUGAUGAGCAGGCUGCUCUGAAUUAUUACAAAGAGAUGGAAGAACAAAUAAAGCUGAAGAAAAAGAGGAAACGUGAUGAUACGGAAGGGGACGGAAAACCGAUUGUGGAAGAGGAACUGUCAGGGGAUAAGAGGGGUGCAACAUACCAGAUUCUCAAGAAUAAAGGCCUCACUCCCAGAAGGAAGAAGAUUGAUCGCAACCCAAGAGUCAAGCAUCGUGAGAAAUUUAGACGAGCCAAGAUUCGCAGAAGGGGACAGGUUCGUGAGCCACGGAGAGAAGAACAAAGAUAUGGAGGCGAGCUGUCUGGCAUUCGUGCUGGAGUUAAGAAAAGUGUUAAACUUAAGUGAUUCACUUUGCACAAGUUUUUUUUUCUGGUCGACAACAAAUGAUAUAACCUUAAUAAAUGCUUUUUUUUUAAAAAAAAGUAGCAUAUAUUCAUGUUAAGAACCACAGUCUGAAUUUAUCUGUAUUUUUAAAGGAUGGUAUCUUGUGUGCUUCCAUUAGUGUUCUCCAGUUCCCUCUCCUAUUUUAUGUUUCCUGCAAGUUACAUCUGAAAUAUCCAGGUCUCAGGGAUGUCGAGUAAAUGGGAAAUAGAGAAAAAGCUGAAAUUGUGAUUUGGGUGAAAAGGGCUUUCUAUUCAUGGCAUUCAUAGCACCGUCUCUACCCCCCCCCCCCAGAGUAUUGCAAUUUUCCAUCAAUCUUUUCUUUAUUUUUGCCAGUUCAUCUUUAGUCACUUGCUUGAGGGUUUUCUCAGUGAACAGGUUCCAGAUAAAACUGUGCUUCUGCCAUGGGGUCAUUCGUGUUCGCAAAAUCUUUUAAAGAUCUAUGUUGGGAAUUCCAGUGCCUUUGCUGUUUUUUUUAUUUUAAAAAAUACACACAAAAAGAAUGUUCAAAAUUACAUUAAAAUAUAAUAUAAAACUAGGAUAUUCAAAAAUAAAUCUGUACACUUUAUUAUAGGAAAUAAGGUUUCUUAUGGAUUAUGCAAUGCUAAUAGAAUUUGGAAUUGUUUUA